AUGUCAGCAACCAUAACCGGGUUUUCUGGAGCGGAUUGCACCGGCACACAAGGAGAAAGCUUCAAUGUCAUCGUCGGGGAAUGCUUCAGCCUGGGCGGACAAUCCACAAAAUCAUUUCAAUACACAGAUGUUCCUACCCAGUCUCAGUACUACGCUUCAGGUGGCCAGCACGAUUCAUGUACAGGUACACCGAGCAGCAUCAUGCCUGGGGGGACAGGAUGCGCUACUGCACCGAACGGGCUUAACUGGGAAAGCGUCUCAGUUUUCUGA